AUGGUGGUCCGCAAGGUGAAGGCUGCCGGAAAACGACAGCCAGGAGAAGAGCAGGACAGCAACAUCUUGUUGCCAAAGCAUGUCCGCCAGAUUAGUGACUUGACGGAUCUGGAUGAGCCCGAGGACGUGCGGCUCACCGUGCCCACGGUGCCCACCGUGCCCACUGUGCUGACGCAACCGCCGCAACCGCCGCAACCGCGGCAACCGACGCAACCGACGCAAGCUGCCCCUGCAGCGGGUCUUGACGCACGACCUGCAGCAUGUCAGCCACGCGAUCCUGGACACAGGAAGUACCCUCAGGCUCUUACUUCGCCGUCGCUUCAUGUGGUAGAUGCCAGGCCUUUGCCAUUCCAAGCAUCGCCGCGAGGAGUAGUGGCGUCACCAUAUGGCGUCCAGCAGGGUCAGGCUCAGGUUGGAGCCAUGAUGCGUGGUCCUUCUCCGCCCAGGCUGGUAUGGUCACACGUUCCUGGCGCUGCAGCUAGGAUCCCGCCGAGGACGACAAGCAAUGUCAUAACCAGGUUUCCGUGUUGCUUUAGCCAGAGGAGUGCGUGCAACAACUGGUCGUUUAGAGGUCAAGAAGACUAG